GUUUGGUUGGCGUAAUAAAUAGCAGCCACGAUCGAGCCUUUAGGCUGGCUUGGCUUACGAAUGUGGUGGUGGCGGCGGCGGCGGGGGCAGUGUGAGCAUGUAGGAUUGGUGCAGUGUCCCACUUUAGCCGGACCAUUAACAUCGCUAUGACUUUGCAGUUAGUAAGGAAAAAGAUUUGCAAGUUUCAAAUGUCCUUUCUUCUUUGACAAGAAUCUGCUCCCACAAUUCAAACUUGAUGCCCAAAUCCCACCUAUUACAAAUCUGUUGCGGAUUCUGAACAGUUCAUUUGUUUGUAGUGUUACAAGGUUCAGUUACACAAAUUAUACAGGAAUUAAUUAUUCAAGGACCUUUUAUUUGCAAUGGAUUCACCUGAACGUAGUCGGAGCUAUGUGAAGCGAGACACUGAGGAUAGCUCAGAUGUGAAGAGUGAUAGGGCAGGGGAUGAUGAGGAAUGGGAUGGCAGUGAUAAGAGGAGGCAUCGGUCCAGCAAGUCCAGGAAGUCGAGCAAUGGAGAAGAUGCUGAGGGAUUAGAUGGCAAUGGGAGAAGAAGAAGUUCUGGUGGGGACAGGAACGAGGGUCGUAAGAGGUCAGGUGGUGGCUCUAGCAGAGCAGGUAGUGACGAUGACGAUUAUGAAACAAGAAAAGAGUUGCGAUUAAAGCAAAUAAAGAAGAAACAAGAAGAAAGUAGCUUGGAAAAGCUGAGCAGUUGGUACCAGGAUGGAGAAUUAGAGAACAGACAGGUUGCAGAAAAGUCUGGAAGUAAAGGGCACAGUCGUGCUGAUGAGAGUGAGAAAAGGAAAAUGACAUUGAAGAUCUCAGAACAUGAGAGUUCACGUGGUGGAAGCAAAAGUAAAGAAGAAAGAUCCCAUGAUGGAGAGCAUGAGAAGUUACAAGAUAGAGAUUCCAGGUACUCAGAUAGGAGGGAAAGCAGUCGAGAGAAGGCUCAUGGUUCCACUGAGCUGGGAAGAACUUCUAGGAGGAGGUGGGAUGAAUCAGAUGCUGGAAAGAAAGGCGAAGAAAGUUAUCAUGAAAAGGCUGAUCUCAGAAGUGGAAAGGCUUCUGAUUCCAAAUAUGAGAAUUCUAAAGAGAGAAGUGCAUCUGCAAGAAAUGAACCCAGUGAUAGUAAAAGCAGAGGUUUUGAUUCAAACAACGAGAAGGGUGUCAAAGCCAACAAUAGAGAAGAAAGAAGAGCUGAUGGGGAGAGGAGCAAGAGCAAAAGCAGGUCAGGAGCUGUAGAAGAGGACGAUAAAGGUAGUCCUGUUACUCGUGAAGACAGAUCAGGUCGGCAGAAAAGUGAGAAGCAUAGACAGCAGAGAACUUCCACUAGCAGGGAUGCUAUUGAAAGUCGUGAAAGGUCUUUGAAUGCAGAUGAAGAUGGAAAUAUCUGGGUAAGAGAUAAAAGUGCUAGAGAAGCGGGGCGCUCUAACAGGUCUAGAACCCCAGAGAGGAGUGUAAGGCGUCAUCAAGAAUCACAGUACUCUGAAAUGGAGUAUGAAAGAAGCUCAGACAUCAGGAGGAAGGAUCUAGAAAAGGAUGGUCAUAGGGACGAUAGAUCAAAAGGCAGGGAUGACAGCUGGAAUGACAGGAAUAGAGAUCGAGAAAGUUCCAAAGAUAGUUGGAAAAGAAGGCAAUCCAUUGGCAAUGAUAGAGAGUCAAAAGAUGGAGAUGUUUACGAUCGUGGCAGAGAUUGGGAGCCAAGACAUGGUCGUGAGAGGAGUGACAAUGAAAGGCCUCAUGGUCGAACCAGGGGUGAGGCUGUCAAAACAUCAUCGAAUUUUGGCAUUUCAAAUGAGAAUUAUGAUGUGAUAGAGAUCCAAACAAAGCCUCUUGAUUAUGGACGGGCAGAGUCCGGAUCCAACUUUGGCAGGAGAAGUGAGCUUGGUCAGCAAUCUGAUGGGAAAUCAGCACCGAAAUCUGAAGAGUGGGCACAUAUUCGUGAUGAAAGAGCAAGAAGACAUGAUUUAUAUGGUUCUACGCCUUCUGCUGAUGAUACGAAGGAGAGGUAUGGUGAUGAAGGUGUGUCUAUUCGAGAUCCAAGUUCAUGGAGGGAUGAAAUAGACUACCAGGCAGGGAAAGGAAGAGGACAGAGAGGGGCUAUGUCUGGUCGAGGUGCUGGUGGCCAUAGUUCCAGUGGUGGUUCACAGCCUCCGUAUGGAAACCAGGAACCAGGGUCUUUCUCAAGAGGUCCUCCACUGGGAGUAAAAGGAAGCAGGGUAGGGAGAGGAGGGAGGGGUAGGCCAUCUGGUAGAGACAACCAACAGGUACCAUUGCCCUUAAUGGGAUCACCUUUUGGGCCUGUUGGAGUUCCACCACCUGGACCAAUGCAGCCACUCGGCCCUAGUAUGUCACCUGCUCCAGGUCCUCCAAUUUCACCAGGUGUCUUUAUUCCACCAUUUUCUCCUCCUGUGGUUUGGCCUGGGGCUCGAGGUGUAGAGAUGAAUAUGCUAGGCAUGCCUCCAGCUCUCUCUCCUGUUCCUCCUGGACCAUCAGCCCCAAGAUUUCCUCCUAACAUGGGGACUCCACCAAAUCCUGCAAUGUUUUUUAAUCAGGCAGGACCUGGAAGGGGAGUGCCUCCAAACAUGUCUGGUCCCGGUUUUAAUGGUGCUGGACCAAUAGGAAGAGGUGCUCCUCCUGAUAAGAGUACAGGGGGUUGGGUUCCUCCUAGAAAUAAUGGACCUCCUGGUAAAGCCCCUUCAAGAGGAGAGCAGAAUGAUUACUCCCAGAAUUUUGUAGAUACUGGUAUGCGACCCCAGAAUUUUAUUAGAGAGUUGGAGCUUACCAAUGUUGUAGAGGAUUACCCCAAACUCAGGGAGCUUAUACAGAAAAAGGAUGAGAUUGUGGCUAAAUCUGCCUCUGCGCCUAUGUAUUUGAAAUGUGACCUGCAUGAGUUUGACUUCUCUCCUGAAUUUUUUGGGACCAAGUUUGAUGUAAUCCUGGUGGACCCCCCUUGGGAAGAAUAUGUUCAUCGGGCUCCUGGUGUAGCUGACCAUAUGGAGUAUUGGACAUUUGAAGAAAUAUUAAAUCUCAAGAUUGAGGCAAUAGCUGAUACACCUUCUUUUAUCUUCCUCUGGGUGGGUGAUGGUGUGGGACUUGAACAAGGGCGUCAAUGUUUAAAGAAGUGGGGAUUUCGGAGAUGUGAGGAUAUUUGUUGGGUGAAGACCAACAAAAGUAAUGCAACUCCAGGGUUGCGGCAUGAUUCUCACACACUGUUUCAGCACUCAAAGGAACACUGCUUGAUGGGUAUAAAAGGAACAGUUCGACGCAGCACUGAUGGUCAUAUAAUCCAUGCAAACAUUGACACAGAUGUAAUUAUAGCUGAGGAACCUCCUUAUGGUUCAACUCAAAAGCCUGAAGAUAUGUAUCGUAUAAUUGAGCAUUUCUCCCUUGGCCGCAGAAGGCUUGAGCUUUUUGGUGAAGACCACAAUAUUCGAUCUGGUUGGCUGACUGUUGGUAAAGGACUAUCCUCAUCAAAUUUCAAUGCUGAGGCAUAUGUCAGGAAUUUUGCUGACAAGGAUGGGAAAAUCUGGCAAGGAGGUGGUGGACGAAAUCCUCCUCCUGAGGCUCCUCAUCUCGUCAUGACUACCCCUGAAAUAGAGGCUCUAAGGCCAAAGUCACCCAUGAAGAACCAGCAGCAGCAACAGCAAUCAACAUCCAUUUCUCUAACGACGGCCAAUUCUUCCAGCAGGAGGGCUGCUGGAAAUUCUCCACAGAAUCCAAGCACUUUCAGUUUAAACCAAGAGACUUCUAACUCUAACCCUUCAACUCCGGCUCCAUGGGCUUCUCCAAUGGAGGGCUUUAGAGGACGAGAAAGUGGGAAUAUGCCUUUAGAGGACAAACUUUUUGACAUGUAUGGAUAUGCCGGGCAGGCAAAUGGGGAGUACCUUGAUUUUGAGUCUCAAAGACCAAUGAAUUUGUUGUAAGAAACACGUGUCAUAAAAUGUUGUUGUAUUCCCUGUAAUUUUUUUCCCAGCUAAAAUAUAGAUGGAAAGGGAUGCCAUUUCAUACCA